AUGAUCCUUCGAGACUACAUCGAACUAGAUGGACUUUAUGGCGAUAAGUAUGUAUAUCCGGAGAAGCACUCUCGACCGACAGUGGACAGAAUUCCGGGAUCUAUGUCAUCAUCGUCGACUCAUUACACUAUCCUGUCCUUUUUCGCAACUAGUAUGAACCUGUCGACAUUCGAGAUUCCAAAGGAAGAAUUAGUUCUGAGUGAGAUUCUUGGCAACCUGAUAUUCCCUUGUCGAAGCAAAUCUUGGACAUUGAAAGAUGUGGUGUUCCUCACCCAAAGCGAUGCGUUGUUAGUGUAG